AUGUUGAAGAGAAUUGAUGUAUGUGUUACAUAUAUUGGCGAGAAAUCUUAUUAUGUUGAAACAGAGUUACAGUCUUGCUUAUAAACAGGGGAAAAAAGCGAUGAUGUUCGUCGUACGUUGAAAAUAGAAUUUCGCCUCUGUUUUAGUAGUGCACGCCGAUAUAAUAUUGAGCGCACGCCUGCCAGUGAAUACCAAUAAGUUCACAUUAUUUAUUCACGAGACCAUGAUGCGUGUAGGAUUUAAGUUAGAUUCAGCUGCGACGUAUGACAUACUUUUUGUUUCUUCGCGACUACUGUUACAUUGGAAAUUCACGCGCUGUUUACCGAGCUGAUCGAUAUUUAGCAUCCUUUAAAAUUGAUCCAUUAGAUAAUUUUAUUACGUUAUUAUAGAUAAAUGUACGUGCAAAAAAUGAUGCGAAUUCGCUAUCAGUUUAAUUGAUAAGUUAUUAGUUUAGUCGAUAAAUUUCGAAAGCCACAAUAUCGCGAGCUAUCGUGUUAAAAAUUGAUCUUAUUAAUUAGAAAUUCCUCGAGACUAAUAAAUUUAAAUACAGCCUCGCGUGAAUGAAAAUUUAUGUAUGCCACUUGACAAUGUAGGAAUAGAAUUCUUCGAUAUCACGCCAUUGGAAAAAGGAGGAAGCAACAUUGCUAAGGAUACAAAAUAAAUUCACAAAACGAAAGCUCUAUAUUUUAUCCAAAAGUCAACGAGAAUGUAAUUCGAAAAGCGCGUUAUCGGAUUUUCGAAUUAACAGCGAAAAAGAACAAAAUACAACGCAUUUCUCUUUAAUUGUGUAUAUAUUGAGAAAAAGAAAGAAUGAAAAAGUAAGGCGGCGUUUCGUUUCAUUUCAGGUAAAUUCGCGUGCAAAAUUCUGAUACAGGGUUUCAGUUAUGCCUUCCCGGUGAAUCUAACGAUCCCGGUGUCCAUAUCCUUGUUGAUCGCCGCCUGCGGCUUGAGAAACGACGAUCCUUGCAUAUUUCAAGACACGAUCCCGUAUUAUUUGUUCUACGAGUCACCACCUUCGCAUUUCCUCAACGAUUUCGUGUCGAAGCAGUACGCUUGGGUAUGGUUGCUGUGGUUGCUGUCGCAAACUUGGAUCACUCUGCACGUCUGGACGCCGAAAUGCGAGCGUCUCGCUGCCACGGAGAAACUGUUUGUCGUUCCUAUGUAUAAUUCCCUGUUGAUCGAUCAAUCAAUGGGUCUGAACAGGAAGAGAGACGACCAACCGGAAGUGAAAGUAGAGGAUCUGGCGGAAAUAGAGAAAGAAAAGGGCGAUGGAGAUUACGAGACCAUAUACGAGCAAACAGACGGCUCGACUACACCCCCGUCGGCUGUAAAGAGCAGCGAUCACGUAACACGGAUAUACGCCUGCGCGACAAUGUGGCACGAGAACAAGGAGGAAAUGAUGGAGUUUUUGAAAAGUAUCUUACGUUUAGACGAGGACCAGUGUGCUAGACGUGUGGCACAAAAGUAUCUAAAAGUUGUCGAUCCAGACUACUAUGAAUUUGAAAAUAUAUCAUUCGAAUUUAAGAAUUCCAAUCGUUACGCGUGUGUUCCUUUAGCUCACAUCUUCUUCGAUGACGCGUUCGAGUUGUCGGAUCACGAUGAGAACGAGUCGCAAGUGAACAGGUUCGUGAAAUUGUUGGUGGGUACGUUGGACGAGGCUGCAUCGGACGUUCAUCAGACGCGGAUGCACGUCAGAGCACCGAAGAAGUAUCCAACGCCUUAUGGCGGGCGAUUAGUGUGGACACUUCCUGGAAAAACGAAGAUGAUUGCCCACUUGAAGGACAAGAGCAAGAUCCGUCACCGAAAACGUUGGAGCCAGGUUAUGUACAUGUAUUAUUUAUUGGGACAUCGAUUGAUGGAGCUGCCAAUUAGCGUUGACCGGAAGGAGGUGAUCGCGGAAAAUACUUAUUUAUUAACUCUGGACGGUGAUAUCGACUUCCAACCAGCCGCUGUGAAACUGCUCGUCGACCUGAUGAAGAAGAACAAGAAUCUUGGCGCAGCUUGUGGUCGUAUUCAUCCAGUCGGAUCAGGUCCUAUGGUGUGGUAUCAGAUGUUCGAGUACGCUAUCGGCCAUUGGCUGCAAAAAGCGACAGAGCACAUGAUCGGCUGUGUACUUUGUAGUCCUGGUUGUUUCUCGCUGUUCAGAGGGAAAGCUUUGAUGGACGACAACGUUAUGAAGAAGUACACGACGAGAUCCGAGGAGGCUAGACAUUACGUUCAAUACGAUCAAGGAGAGGAUCGGUGGCUUUGCACGCUUCUCUUGCAACGUGGUUACAGGGUCGAAUACUCAGCAGCCAGCGAUGCUUACACCCACGCACCCGAAGGUUUCAACGAAUUUUACAACCAGCGUCGCCGAUGGGUACCUUCGACCAUUGCCAAUAUCAUGGACCUUCUGAUGGAUGCAAAACGAACGAUCAAGAUCAACGAUAACAUUUCUCUUCCCUACAUCUCUUAUCAAAUCCUGCUCAUGGGUGGAACGAUUUUAGGACCGGGUACGAUUUUUCUCAUGUUGGUCGGUGCUUUCGUCGCAGCCUUCAAGAUUGACAACUGGACCAGCUUCUAUUACAACAUUAUUCCUAUCCUGCUUUUCGUGAUCGUAUGUUUCACUUGUAAGGCGAACAUUCAGGUAAGUACGGCUCUCCAACUUGGAGAGGACGGUAUCGGUUCACCAUCGGCUAUAUUCUUAAUAUCAUUGUCCGGCUCUUUCUUCAUAGCAGCCUGUUUGCACCCUCAAGAAUUUUGGUGUGUCGUCCCUGGUAUAAUAUAUCUGCUUUCUAUCCCCUCGAUGUACCUCCUACUCAUCCUCUACUCGAUUAUAAACUUGAACGUCGUAUCGUGGGGAACUCGUGAGGUCCAGGUGAAAAAAACCAAAAAGGUUUUCAUGGCAGCGGUAAUAAGUACUGUAUACUGUAUGCUGAUGAUCGCGGUGAUCGUUGGGAUUGCAAUUAACGUGGUUCAGGACGGUACACUAUCGCCAACCGCGAUAUUUCUAAUAUUACUAAUAAGUCAGAUGUUUAUAACUGCACUAAUGCACCCCGCGGAGAUGUACUGUUUAAUAUACAGCAUCAUAUACUUCAUCACCGUCCCAUCCAUGUACGUGUUGCUUAUUAUUUACUCGAUCAGUAAUCUGAAUGACAUCACAUGGGGCACGAGAGAGGUGAAGACUAAGAAAACUGCUGCGGAGCUUGAACAAGAGAAAAAGGAAGCCGAGGAGGCGAAACGGAAGGCAAAACAGAAAUCUCUGCUGGGAUUUCUUCAAAAUGGCGUUGGCUCGAACGACGACGAAGAAGGAUCGAUAGAAAUUUCCCUGGCAGGAUUGUUCAAGUGCAUGUUUUGCACUCAUGGACAGACCUCGAACGAGAAACAGCAAUUGGUCGCGAUUGCUGAAUCUUUGGAGCAAGUUAGCAAACGUUUGGAAGUCAUUGAAAGAGCCGUGGAUCCUCAUGGAGUGACAAGCCGGCGUCGUGCAUCUUCCGUGGGCUCUCGAACAGCUGAUCACUUAGGCGCUAUUGGCGAAGAUCCAGCGGAGGAUCAGGACUGUCAAAGUGAAGCUGAAACGGUGACUAGUCAGAAUACGGAAGGGAAUCGCGAGGGUAGCAAUUUCCUCAGCAGACCUUACUGGUUGAGUGACGAGGGGCUCAAGAAAGGUGAAAUCGAUGUGCUCUCGCUACAGGAGGAACAAUUUUGGAAGGAUCUUCUGGAGAAGUAUCUGUACCCUAUAGACGAAGACAAGGCAGAAAAGGCACGAAUCGCCAAAGAUCUAAAGGACCUACGUGACCAGAGUGUUUUCGCAUUUUUUAUGAUGAACGCCCUCUUCGUGCUGAUCGUCUUUCUACUGCAAUUAAACAAAGAUUUGUUGCACGUGAAAUGGCCUUUCGGUAUCAAGACGAACAUCACCUAUGAUGAUCACUCGCAGGAGGUAAAGACCGCUCCGUCCACGUCGCGUUGUCCUGCUUCUUAC